UCAACAUAACCUCAAAAUUGACACUGGUUGGGUUGCUCAUACGGGCAACAAAAAUUUUCUUAUAAUUAUUUUUAAUUAGUUUAAUAUUAAAUUAAUUCAAUAAAUAUAUUAAAAACAAUAAAAAUGAAUAAACAGAAAAAUAAGCAAGCCCCACCAGAAACAUCUGGAACAACACCCAAGAAACCCAAAACUCAACAUAAAAUUGGUGAUCAAACAAUCGAAGAAUUUGCAAAGACGGGAUUAGGUAAAAUAAUAAAUGCAACCAAAACCAUCAAUGCCUUUCCAUCGGGUGCCUCAAGAGAUUUGUAUUGUGCUUAUCCCACAUUUGGAAAAAUUGUCGACUCACAAUCAUAUCGCAUUAUGAGUGUCAUAUCGAAAGUUUUAAAAUUCCAAAAUAUUAAAGGAAACAUACAAAGGCGUCAACAAGAUGAACAAUUUGAAAUGCUACUCGAAUGCAAUGAUGCCAUGUUGGAAAGAAUCAACUCCAAUUUGGAUGAACUGGCGGGCAUUAAAAAGAAUCCACAAACAGUUGUCAUUGAAUCCCGUUUGGAUUCAGAUUCAGUUGGCAAAGGAGCUGGAAGUUGGAAUACAAAAAAUAGAAAUGAACCAGGUCCGAUAAGAGCCAGAUUGAUUACCGCGAAAAACAUAGCUCGGCCUCAGAUCAAGUUUAAAAUGAUAGUGGACAAUAGCGCCAAAACACCAUUUAUACCAAACAUCAAAGACAAACCCAACUCUCUUAAGCCCCUAGCAGUCCUCCCUGAAUACGAUGAAGCUGGAAACAUUGAAAGUUAUCUUCAUCCAUAUGAAUUUGAAUUAAUGAAAUUCGAGCCUCUACCCACACAAUUAAAGAAGAAAAACCCAGUGGCUCCAUUGCCACUUGAAAAGACCGAACUUGUUUAUGUGGACACCAUUGACAAAUUAAAAUCAACGCUCGAGGAUUUGAGGAAGUUCAAGGAAAUUGCCAUUGAUGUUGAACAUCAUUCCUACCGAACAUUCCAAGGGAUAACAUGUCUAAUGCAAAUAUCCACACGCGAGAAGGACUACAUAUUGGAUGCUCUAGAGUUGCGAGAUGAGUUGCAUAUACUUAAUGAAGUUUUCACAAAUCCAAAAGUUGUAAAGAUCUUACAUGGUGCUGACUCAGAUGUUGAAUGGCUGCAGCGAGAUCUUUCACUUUAUCUCGUCAACAUGUUUGACACUCAUCAAGCUGCUAAGAGUCUAAAUUUUGCACGCCUUUCACUGGCUUAUCUGCUGAAGCAUUAUUGUGAAAUUGAAGCCGAUAAGACUUUUCAACUUGCAGACUGGCGUAUUCGCCCAUUGCCCGAAGAGUUAAUAACCUACGCUCGUCAGGAUACCCACAACUUAAUUUACAUCUACGAACGGCUAACAAAUGAUCUUCUAGACCUGGCAAACAAUCAGACCAAUAUUCUUCGUUUGAUCUACCAACGCAGUGCAGAAAUAUGCAAGAAACGUUAUAAAAAACCAAAAAUAAAUGACGACUCUCAUAUGGAUAUCUUCCAGAAGUCAAAAAAAUUAUUUGACAAUAGGCAGCUGUUUGCUUUGAAAGAGAUUUUCCUCUGGCGUGACGUCAUUGCUCGACAGGAAGAUGAAAGUUAUGGCUAUGUAUUGCCAAACCACAUGAUGAUGCAAAUAUCUGAGAGUUUGCCAAGGGAAAUGCAAGGUAUUCUCGCUUGUUGUAAUCCCAUACCACCUUUGGUACGUCAGAACUUACAUGCUUUGCAUCAGAUAAUUCAUAAGGCUCGUGAACAGCCUUUAGUAAAGCCAAUUCUUGAGAGAGAUAAUGUUCAUCGCACAAUCGUUUCAAAUGUUAAAGAUUACAACAGUAAAUUAUACUGCCCUCAUGACUUGUCCCACUUGGAAGAAUUCCGAGACGAUCUUCCAACUUUAUUGAAGUCUUCUGAAAACCAAGCUGAUAAAUCGACUGAAAGCGGUAAACUAUGCAAGCCAGCAUUGAGUGUGUUUGACACUCCGGAGAACUCUGAAGAUGACGAAGUUAAAGAAAAAUUGAAAAAGUUGCAACAAAUGCAGUUUAUCAGUCCAUAUGCUCGAUAUGUUGCAGUGCUGCCAUUGGUUGAGAUCGAAAAGAAAGAGGAACUGGCAAGGAUUGAGGCUGAAAAUGCUAAAAAACAACUCUGUCCAAUAAAGAGUGAAAUGCCCCAAAAAACUGAGGCGAUAGUAAAGAACGAAGCUGAUAACUUGUAUAGUGUUCCUCUUAGGGAAUCUCUCAAACGAAAAAAUCCAGAAAGCUCAAACCCUAAUAACAAUCAAUCGGCACAGGGUAAACGCAUUAAAAAAGAAACUCCUGCCUCUGAUGGUGAUCAUUUGAAAUUUAUGGAAUUGAAAAGAAAAGCUCCUGAAGUUUCAAACACGAGUAAUCAGCAGGAAGUUGAAGAAGAAGAUGAAGAACCGUCAUCCACAUCAUCGAAUCAAACAACACCACAUUCAGGACAAAAACAUAGUAACAAUGGCAAUAAUAGAAAGAAUAGGAAACGUUUCAAAGGAAAUAAGGUUGCACAAUCUUCGGAAAAACCUGUGGCAUUUGAUUAUAAAAAAGUAGACUUUAAGAAGUUCCAAGGAGGCGCACAGAAAGCAAAGGGAACUGAAUUGAAACCCAAGUUUCAUGGAAAGGGUGGCAAAAAUAAGGCUAAUAAUAAAAAAUUCAACAAACUAUUUACAUUUAGUAAUGUAAAAAAUAAGAAAUGAUUUUAUAUUGUAAUUGUUUUAUAAAUGUUGAUAUUGUUUUUUUUUUUACUGAAGUAAAUGGAUAACUUGAGAAUAAAUCUUAUUUUUUAAUCGAUUAA